AUGAAAUACGUCGCUCUUACCCUCGCCACCUGCGCCAGCCUUGCUAUUGCCAGCCCCGCUGGUCACGCCGCGAUGAUGAAGAAGCGUGAGCCUUUCUCCACCGAAACCGUCACAGAGGCAUCGACCACUUACGUGAACGUCUACGAUGGCGUUGUUGGCACCACCACCUCCUGGACCACUGUCGAAGGCACCACCACCACCACCGAAACCACCCACUCUGCCUUGUUCUCUGCUGAUGUGCCCUUAGCCUCGUUGCUCCGAGAGAUCCCCGCCCUUUCUGAAAUCUUCAACAUCCUCUUCCCCACGUCCUCAGCCGAAUCGUCCUCAGCCGAAUCGUCUUCUGAGGAUACCAGCUCCACUGACACUGCCACUGACAGUGCCUCGGAGACUGCCACAGAGACUGCCACAGAGACUGCCACAGAGACUGACACUGCCACGGAGACUGCCACGGAGACUGCCACAGAGACUGACACUGCCACAGAGACUGCCACAGAGACUGCCACAGAGACUGCCACAGAGACUGCCACAGAGACUGCAACCGAGACUGCCACGGAGACUGCUACGGAGACUGCAACCGAGACUGACACUGCCACUGACACUGCCACCGAAACUGCCACCGAAACUGCCACCUAG